UAGUUUAUUCUGAAAUAAUGGAGUACUAGGGUUGGUGCUUCUGUCAUCAUUGACCAUCAUGUUGUUCCUCUGGCUGUACCUGUGAGUGACAGAUGUUGUUAUAUUUCUGUAAUAAAAAGAUUAAUGUUGACCUUCUUUCAGUUCUGUUGAAUGCAGUUUAUGUAGUAUCCUAGAGACCAAAAUGCUUAAAUAUUCUCUCUCCAAAGCAUAGUUUGCUAUGCUAUAUUGCCACAUAGCAACUUGUAGCCAGAAGCAGGUAGAGUUUUGAAGGAGUGAAGGUGGAGUUGUUGACUUCAACCACAUAGCUUUUGAAAACUAAAGACUGCUUAGAUAGAGCACUGGUAAAUACUUAGGUCACAAAUGGAAGGACUGAAAGUUAAACUGAAUUUGUAGCAGAUUAGAUGAGAUUGAUGUUUUUUCAAAACAGUUGUUUUGUGGAGAAACAAGUGAAAGCAGACAUCCGAAAUCCAUCUUAAAUCCUCCCUUAACCGUGAGUGUUAAGAAAUAGGUAUUCAGAACAAUUGUCGUUAAUUUUAUUGACUAGAAAAUCAGUGGGGUUUUUUUUUUACACAAAAGUGCUUUUUUGGCUGUAAUUAUGGUGAAGUGUUUUUUAGUUUUUAUGGUUUGGUGUUUUUUUUAUUUCCUAUAGGUGGCUGUUUUAAUGCAACAGUGUCAUUAACUGUCUGAAGACUAAACAUGAGAAUAGCAGGUGCUGCAAAGUUGGUAGUAGUCAUAGCAAUAUUUUUAUUGACGUUUUAUGUCAUAUCUCAAGUGUUUGAAAUAAAAAUGGAUGCAAACUUAGGACACAUAUUUGCUAGAUCAGCAUUGGAUGCAGCUGCACGCUCUACAAAACCUCCAAGAUACAAGUGUGGGAUCUCUAAAUCUUGUCCUGAAAAGCAUUUUGCAUUCAAAAUGUCAAGUGGAGCAGCGAAUGUAGUUGGACCUAAAAUUUGUGUCGAGGAUAAUGUCUUAAUGAGUGGAGUUAAAAAUAAUGUUGGCAGAGGAAUAAAUAUGGCCUUGGUCAAUGGUAAAACAGGAGAAUUACUGGAUACUAAGUUUUUUGACAUGUGGGGAGGAGAUGUGGCACCACUUAUUGAAUUUCUGAAGACCAUCCAGGAUGGAACGAUUGUGUUAAUGGCAACAUAUGAUGAUGGUGCAACCAAGCUUAAUGAGGAAGCACGGAAACUGAUUGCUGAAUUAGGAAGCACAUCCAUUACUAACCUUGGCUUCAGAGACAACUGGGUCUUCUGUGGUGGAAAAGGAAUUAAGACUAAAAGCCCAUUUGAACAGCACAUAAAGAAUAACAAGGACACAAACAAGUAUGAAGGCUGGCCAGAAGUUGUUGAGAUGGAAGGCUGUAUCCCUCAGAAGCAAGACUAA